AUGGUGGCGCCAAGCUGCCCAUGUUUCUGCAGCGGCGGGGGGGGGGCGGCUGCCCACACGAGGGUCAGCAGCCUCAUCUCUCGAGAGGCGGGCCGGCUGAGGGCGCUCCCCACCGAGAGCCUCGCACAGCAGCAUCUGUCCGGACUAACCCGCUUCGACGUGGGCAGCCAGGCCCUUGCUGCCGGCGCCUCGCCGGCUGCGCCAGCCCGCCAGGGCCAUCAGCAGCAGGCGGCACCGCAAGAGGAGGAGUUGGAACCGUAUCGACACAUGCGUGCGAUUUUCACCCUGGCGUCAUUUUUCCAGGCUCCAAUCUCACACUUCUCACGUGAUCUGGUGCGCAUGACACCUCACACGAGCUGGUGCGAAUGA